AUGGCCGCCACCGCCACCCCAACCCCGGAAAAUGACGAAAAGACCCUCCAAGAGGAGCUCUCCCUCCCCAUCCUCCUCGCGGAUCGGGUCCUCAAAUCGGCCCACGAGGCCGAGUCCUCCAAACCCGAAUGCUCCGACCUGGCCCAACAAGUCGACCGCCUCUCCCACAUGCUCCGCUCCGCCGUCCGCAUCUGCGCCGCCUCCCCCUCCCUCUACGAGCGCCCCGUCCGCCGCAUCGCCUCUGACGUCACCAAGAACCUCGACCGCGCCCUAACCCUAGUCCGCAAGUGCCGCCACAGCGGCGUCCUCCGCCAGGUCUUCUCCAUCACCACCGCCGCAGACUUCCGCAAAGUCUCCAACCUCCUCGAAUCCUCCAUCGGCGACAUGAAGUGGCUCCUCUCCGUCUUCGAGUCCGACGGCGCCAACCUCUCCCUGCCGCCGAUCGCCAGCAACGACCCGAUUCUCAGCUGGGUCUGGUCCUACAUCGCCACCAUCCAAAUGGGCCAGCUCCGGGACCGAGUCGAGGCCGCGAGUUCGCUCGUCUCGCUGGCCAGGGACAACGACCGGAACAAGAAGAUCAUCGUCGACGAAGGCGGAGUGACGCCGCUGCUGAAGCUUUUGAAGGAGGGGUCGUCGCCGGAGGCGCAAGUUGCGGCGGCGAAUGCUCUGUUUCAUCUCGCUACGGAUCGGGAGAGGGUUAGGAUUGUUAUAGAUUUGAAUGGGAUUCCGAUGAUAGUUUCGGUGUUGGGAGACUCGCCGAUGAGGGUUCAGGCGGCGGUGGUGAGACUGGUGGCGGAAAUGGCGGAGCUUGACCCGAUCGCGCAGGAGGAAUUUGCUAGAGAAAAUGUGACUAGGCCGUUGGUGUCUCUGUUGGCUAUGGAUACGGUUUUGGAUGAGCCGAAACUGCAGAUUGGUAAGCCUAGCAUUCAUUCGCUUGUGAUUAGUAAGGAGUUGGUAGGAAAGGGUGCGAAUUCGAGUAGUAGGUUGGGUUCGUUUAGUUCGAAUCAUUAUAGUUCUGAUGGGAGUAGCAGAGGUGGGCUGCAUUAUAGGAAAGAGAAGGAGAGAGAGGUUGAGAGCGCUGAGGUGAAGCUCAAGCUCAAGGUUGGUUGUGCCGAGGCAUUGUGGAAGUUGUGUAGGGAUUGUUUGUUGAAUAGUCGGAAAGUUACAGAGACGAAAGGGUUGAUUUGUUUGGCCAAGAUUGUCGAGAAGGAAGUUGGGGAGUUGCAGCUUAAUUGCUUGAUGACUGUGAUGGAAAUAGCUGCAGUGGCUGAAUCCAAUCCGGAGCUUAGACGAUCGGCUUUUAAGCCUAAUUCUCCGGCUGCAAAGGCGGUUGUUGAUCAGCUUAUGAGAGUUAUUCAAGAAGAGAGUAACCCGGAUUUGCAGUUACCGGCAAUCAAGGCAAUUGGGUCGCUGGCAAGAACUUUUGCCGCAAGGGAAACCCGGAUAGUUGGUCCUUUGGUUGCGCGGCUUGGUAAUGAGAAUGUGGAUGUGGCAACCGAGGCUGCCAUUGCAUUGGGGAAGUUUGUGUGUUUGGAGAACUUCAACCGAGUAGAGCAUUCUAAGACGAUUAUUGAGUUCGAUGGGGUUCCUUCUCUAAUGAGAUUGUUGAGGUCCACUGAUCGGAUCAAUGAAGUAGCUCACAUGCACUGCUUAGUACUACUGUGUUACCUCACGUUGCACGUAGGCAAUAGCAAAGCUCUCGAACAAGCACAGGUGUUGAGUACCCUCGAGGGGGGAGCGCGCUCUGCCGUGGCUCAGAAUCCGGAUUUAAAGGAGUUGUUUUUUAGAGCCAUGCAGCAUCUCAGUCUUUAUCAGCCGGGAGCUCAUCCCCACAGGCAAACCUACAUGCCAUAAUGACAGAGUUUUAGCAAUGCACAGCCUAUACAAUUGGUCUCCAAUUCUUUUAUCACAAUAUCUUCAAACCGACCCUUACAAGAAAUUCAUUUUUGCCGCCUAAUGUGAAGAAAAAGUAUUGGAA